AUGAAAUGGCAAUAUAGCAAUAUUGUUGGAUGUUGUAGUGUAUUUAAAAAAUGUGAACAGAAUGAAAAAAAUAUUUCAAAUUUUGGUGAUGAUGGUGCAACAGUAUUUUGUAAUAAAAAAUAUAUUCAAUGUAUGGAAAAUACUCUUUAUUGGGAAAUAAAUGAUCGUUGUGAAAAAAUUGUGGCACAUUUUAUUAAAAAUUUUAAAAAAAACCAGCUACCUACUCAUUUUAUAUAA